CGUUUUGGGCUAUCGAGUAGUCAUCAUUAUAUUAAAUGACAAUAUAUUUAUAGUAAAUGUUGAACGAAUAUGUCGUUUUCUGGAAAAAAAUUCAGAAGAACUGGUGCUUCAAAUUUAGACGAUUUUUUUAAAGAAUCAAAUGCUCCUGAACAGUAUAAGAAGAUUCUCUGCUCGAGCGCGCCGACGUGGUGCUACACGAUGUUGGACGCGCAGACCUUACAGUGUGAGGUCAUGGCGGAUAAUUUUGACAUGAAACAUCUAUUCACGCUGGGCGUGGAACAGGAGCUCAUGGGAGUUGACGGUAGUAAAGGGGCAUAUAUCACAUUCACUUUAGAAGGAGAUAACGUGCUGAAACAAAGAAUCAGAAAGCCGAACGGAGCAAUUGCAAACUUCAGGAGGGAAUUCUACGAACGUUCAGCUAUAAUGACAAUUACCAUGGAGGGGGCGGACGUUAGGAAGGCACAUGUUUUCUUCGAGAUGGUCGACUGAAUACCUACUUAAUAUAGCUUUAAUUGUUUAUUAAUAUGACAAGUAUUACUUGCUAAUAUUUUUUUAAAUA